AUGAACUGUGAGUCCUGCAUUGUUUGUUCCGAUAAGGAGCAGCUAGUUGAGGAGGAGGAUGACGAGCUGAAGGAAGUGCUGGAUCUGAGGAAGAUUGCCGUUCAGCUUCUUCAGCAGGAGCAGCAGAACAGACGACGAUCCUUGAUUUGCCGAGCGGAGAGUCUUAUUCACCGACGGAGGGUGACCGGCCGGGCUCACAGAUUUCUGAGUCACUCUGGAAGCUCGGGUAACAAGCCGCGGCCCCCCCCCCAGCAUCGGAGUGCCUCUCUGGAUGAAGGGAGCAGUGGAGCCUCAGUGCUGAGUGGACAGCCGUCUUCCUCCUGCUCCUUUGAUGGCAGCCUGAAGACCGAUUCUUCAGAUUCAGAUCCAAAGUGGCCCGACGUCCCGCCGGUUCUCAAUCAGAAUGAGGAGCGCAGGAGGAACAAGUACCUGAGAAAAGACUAUCUGAAGUACAAGUGUCAGACGGCUCGUAAAAACUCCAACGGCAACGAUGAGUGUGAGGAGGGUUUGAGCAAUGCAGAUUUCAGCACCACUCUAACAGUGUUUGGACUGAAGCCAAGAUCAGCAUUCGCCAAAGGAAGCCGCCAGGAGUACGCCUCCACAGACCCCAGCUUCACCAUGAGGAGGAAGAUGGAGCACUUGAGGGAGGAAAUCGAGCAGAUAGGAAUCCUGCGACAGAAAUCUAACAAAAAGGCUAAAGUGCCAUUGAAUGAGAGCAGCGGUCUUUCGGGAGUGAGUGACACACAAGCAGCAGAGGAGAACGCCAUGGAGAGCGGGGCCUCGCAGGUGAACCACUCGGAGCAGUCGGUACUAAUACGCUCCAGAAUAAGAGAGGAGAUAGGGACUGCUUUCGAGAAAUUCCAGCCGCAGCUUGAUGCUUUAAAGGGAGAACUUGACUCAUGUUGUCAGAACCUCAGUGAUAUGGAGUAG